UCGACCAGCUAUAUUUUCGUAAAAACCGCUGUGGAAUUAGACUAUUGUGGAAUAUUGAAGACUCACCAUCAUGAUUCUUUGUGUUCAAGGCCCCAGACCACUGCUGUCUGGCAGCCCCACAGAGGGCCCCGUGGGCAUGCGGACAGGGAGCAUCUCCUCACCUCACUGCCUUCACAGCACUCCUCCACAGUGGGACCCCACGAAUGACCUGCGCACCAUCGCCAAAAACUUCUUCUACCUUGAUACCUCAGGCUGGUACUGGGGAGCCAUCACAGCAGGUCAGGCCCAUGCAGCUCUCCAGGCAGCGUCAGAGGGGGCCUUUCUGAUUCGAGACAGCAGCCAUCCCCUGUACAUGCUGACCCUGUCUGUUAGGACUGCCCGUGGCCCCACCAGCAUACGCAUCCAGUACAGUGGAGCCCGGUUUCUGCUAGACUCCAGCUCGCCAGCCCGACCCAGCCUUUUGUCCUUUCCUGACGUGCCUAGCAUGGUGCAGUACUAUGUAGGACCAACGAGGAAGGUGCAGAAGGGCAAGGUGGAGGAGACUCAUGGCGCACAGCCCGCCCAGAGGACAGUUCAGGAGAGCACAGUAUUGCUGAAGCUUAAGCGGGCCCUGCACAAGCCCCAGGCCUUCCCCUCCCUCCAGCACCUCACACGCCUCACCAUCAACCGCAGCACAGGCUGUCCGGACCAGCUGCCACUGCCACGCCCACUAGUGCGCUACCUGCAGGACUACCCCUUCCAUGUAUGAGGGUCCUCUGGUGCUGAAUUAAACGAAACAGUUCAACUAAACCUUGAGGAGCACUGUCAGUAAGAGGUCCCUGGCAGCUGGAAACAACAUCACUGCACUGGCAACUAAUGGAGCCACAUCAGACAUACGGUUGGUCAUGAGACCAUGUUUGGGAAAGAACCUUCCAGAAAAUGGUGCCUGGUUUUGGAUUUCUCAGAGGGAAGUGGGGUUCUGUGUACCCCCCCCCCCCCCAAUUCACAGAGGUGAUUCACUGGAAAACACAACAUGGUGCUAACUGUAGUGUCUCCUCGUGCUAUGAGGGGCACAGGUUCUUUCUGUUUCUGAGCAGUGAAUUGCUUUUCAGUCAGAUGUAAAUUGUUUAAUUUUUUGUUUAGUCAACAUUGUCACUUUUUUACCCCCCCGACACUGUACAUAUCCCUUUUUUUAUUAAAACAAUAUUCAACAUGA